UAUUUCUCUGAAAUAUUUUGUGAGACUAACUCCUGUGCUCCUGUAGCAGUUCCUACUACUGUGCUAGCUCCUACUGCUCCCACUGCCACCGCACCCCCUGCUGUGCUAGCUCCUACUGCUCCCACUCCCACCGCGCCCCCUGCUGUGCUAGCUCCUACUGCCCCUCCUCAGCUCUGGUCAGCCUCCCAGCCAACAGCUGGACCACUACAGCCUGCUGCUGACGCUCAGGUGCUUCUCCCUGAGGGAUGGAAGCAGACCCUCCCAAAGGAGCAGCAAGAGUGGGUCAGUCGGGCCAUUUUCAUCAGGAACAAGCAGCUCAAAUGUGUCCUGAAAAGCCAGCUUGAGCUGUGGUACUUCCCUCCUCUGCCUCCUAACAUCAGCCAUCAGCCUCCAGCUUCUCCCUCCGCCUACUUCCUCCGGCCAUUCUGCCUCUGGAUGCCCUACCGCCUGUGGGCCUUUAAGUUUGUGUGCACCCAGCCACGGUGCAAGCGUCAGAAGCUCACAGGCUGUGGGGUGUACAAGACAGUCCGGAGGGUGCUUGACAUGGACGGCUGGUAUUUUAUGGGGACAGAGUACCUGGAGUGCCGCCUCUGUAAGAAGAAGCUAGCAGGAUGGUCGCUGGAUAUCUUGGACCAGCUGGACGCAAGUCAUCGCUCCAUUUUCCCAGCCAUCUUGACUUACAGGCUGUCAUGUGACCUGAAGGUGGUCAGGCUGAUGAGAGAGAGGACACUGGGGAACAGUGUGACCAGGCUGUACAACCAGCUGAGGGAGCAGCACAGCCUGACCUGGAUGAGUCGGACCCUGUACUACCUGUCCGUCUGUGACCACUUUGUAGUCCCAGGUGCCGCACCACUGAGGGUAACACCUCCUCCUCCCUUUUUGGAUGUGCCCUCAGCCCAGUGGCUGCUGACUGUCCACGGCUACGACGUUCUGUUCCAGCUGGAGGACUUCAAGGCCAGAGUCACCUCCAUCUUUGGGUCCAUCCUGAAGAUGGAUUCAACCAAGAAGGUGACCAAGAAACUAGCUGGGGCAGCACACGGGACAGCAGCGCGGGCCACAAAUGUGGGCAAUGAGUACGGCCAGGUGCUCAUUACGGUCCUCACUGACAGCGAAGGAGAGGGCCUGCUCGACAUGGCAGCUGGCCUCCAGCAGCGCUACAGUAGAGCUGGAGUGGCACCUCCCAAGCUGCUCUAUGUCAACCGGGACUGCUGCGCCCUGAUGGGAAAGGGGAAGACGGCAGCCAUGUUCAGCCAGUGGGAUGAACUCAUCGUCCGGCUGGAUGUGGGGCACCUCAUCCGUCGCUUUGCUCGGGGAGUGACAACAGAGAGCCAUCCUCUGUAUGCUCUCUUUUUGCGGCGGCUCUCCUCCUGCAUGUUGGUGUGGUGUGCAGAGGAUGUGGAGCGCCUGCGUGAGGCCAAGCGAGGUGAGCUCAAGGGGAGCCGCAUCACGGGUCUCAGCGACGCACAGGUCAUGAAAAGGAUCAGCCUGAAGGAGAUGGCUCGGCACUGUCGUCGCCGCACGCGCGGGGCGGAGGAGACCGAGCGUCUCAUCGGGGAGCUCCUGGAGACCUUCAUCGAUGCCACAGACACCCUGGGCGUCCGGCUCCUGGACCGUGACCGAAUGCAGGCCAUCUGGCAGACCCAGAGACGACACCUGGUCUGUAUUCAGGACCCCCCUGGUGUCAGCAUCUACACCAAGGGCAAGGACGUGACCAUGGGAGGGGUCAUCCUGCAUGUGUUGCGUUGCGCCCGUGAGUCCACCUCCCUGGAGUCUUUCCACCUCCACCUCAACUGCUUCAUUCCUGGAACAAGUGCGUCUGCCGAGCACUUUCAGGCCUACCUCCUUGAAGGGUUGGUUCGGUGGAAUGAGGACCGUGCAGAAGCUGCAGCGGAGGGGGGGGGACAGAAGCAGACCCUGCACUGCUAUGAUGGUGUAGCCCAGCACGCCAUCAAUGAGCUGAGCCAGAAGCUCCUGGGCCGCAGUCUUGUGAAGGAUCACACAAGGCCUGCAAAGUACACUGGGGAACUCAUUGGGGUCGAAUAUCUCUUCUCCCAGACCCAUGGUGACCAGAGGUUGGAGUCCAACCUCGGUAAGGACCCGGAUGUCCCAGACGGGACACCUGAUCUAUUUGAGGGAGGAGAGGGAGAGGAGGAUGACCUGAGAGAGCUUGAGGAGGAGGAUGACCCCACCGUGUCCUUGCCCGACCUCGAUGACCAUCUCCCACCAGUCCCUCCACUCAGGAAGGCCGCUCCACCGCCCACUCAACCCAACCCAUCCCAGGUACCUGUCGUCACACCCCCUGAUGACACUAUGGAGGAGAUGGACACUGCACCAGCUGCCAGUCAGGACCCAGAGGAUGACGAGUACAUAGGACCUGGUGGGGUUAGUGGAUACCAGCACGUGGUCCUCCUGGCCAAGAGUCUGCUGAGGCUGCUGGAGGGGCCAUGGAUCUCUAAUAGGCAAAUAGAGGUGAUCAUGGCUCUCUGGGGAAAUCUUCCGGAGAGAGACAAGGCGGCAGUCUCUUACCCCGAGAGGUUCCGGGACCGAGUCCUGCAGGGGAGCUUCAACAAUUCAAAGAGCUCAACCGUGACGGGGGAAGAGAUUAUGAAGCGCUCCCUGCUUGGCCAAGGCUCUGGACCUGCUCAGUGGCCCAACACCAGCCGGACAGUGGAGGCCAUUUUUGUGGAGCUGUGCCACAAACACCCUGCUGGCAAGACGGUUCUUGGUAACCGGGUCAACAGGUGGGCUGCUAUCCUGGGGGACUACAGGAGAAUCAGGACCAUGGUGCUGAGCAGCCCAAACCUCAAUACCCACACAAGGCUGCAACUGUUCCAGGUCAACAAGCUGACCUUGACACAGUGGUACAACAAACGGAUAUCCUCUAUGGAGAGAGUGGCCCUGCACCAGAACCGUGACAGCAUGACUGCAGAGAGGGAGGAGUCAGGCCCCUUCCACACUGCAGUCUGGAGCACUUCACCGCUGCCAGCCCCAUCAACCAGCAGCACCUACCAGCUGCCAGAGGACAGAACUGGGCAGGCUACACAGCGUGGCAGAGCAGCCACUUGUCAGCCACUGCCACCUCUACCGCCACCCAGUCUGCCUACCACCUCCCUCCCUUUAACGCCAGUCUCCCAAGACCUGCCCUCGACCUCCACUCCUCUUCCCUCUCCUCCUGCUGGUGGACCCAAGGUCUCCAGGACCACUGAAUGGAGAAGGAAGAAGAAGCUGGAGUCUGGUAUUAAAGUCAGAGCGCACAAGCCAUACGAAGGCUACAAGUGCUCUAAAUGUGGCAAGCCGAAAACUGCAGAGUUUGGACACAGUAUGUAUGAUUCUGUGAGAUUCUGUGCCGCUUCCUCUGGCGGCCAAACUGUGGAGGAGUGGCUGGCACUCAUGAGGGCCCAGCAUGGUGCUAGCAAAGGCCAGUAAACUCUGACUGACUGACUGAUUGGUGUGUCAAUUGUAAAGUCGUUUUUGUACAUAUGUUCUUUGUUGUUGUUGUUUUUUUAAAGAUUGUUAAUCUCUUGUACAUUUAGCUCAUUUCAAAUCAUCUUAACUUGUACAGUAAGUGUAGGGGACAUUAUGCUGGGUUGUUUCACAUGUAACAUUCCCUGUGAAAUAAAUAAUAAUUGAAUGCAAGCACUUUUUCUCCCUUAAAUUCAUUUUGAUUUAUUGUCAUACUCUUUAAAGUUCAACAAAUAAAAAGACAAGUAAAUCUGUCAUAAUUUUCU